AUGACUUUAUUAGAGUAUUUCGAUUUGUUUCUCUUCUCUGCCUGUAGAUACCUCUCCUAUCCUUUCGCCAUUUACGUUCAUUAUCAGGGAUGUUUAAUUUCCUUAGUUCUUGCUAUUGGAUGGGCCCUUGCUGCUCAUAUCAGGAACAAAGAGAGAAAAAGAAUAAAGAGAAGUAUGGAUAAGGGUAAUAGUUUUGCUUUCCUUUGUCAUGAUAUCAAUCAACUUGAGCAUUCCAAUCAGGUUAAUCUGCCAAGAGUGACAGUAAUUAUGCCCUUAAAAGGGUUUGGAGAGCACAAUCUCCACAACUGGAGGAGUCAGUUAACAUCACUUUAUGGUGGCCCUCUAGAAUUUCUGUUAGUGGUAGAAAGUAGAGACGACCCUGCUUACAAUGCUGUAUCAGAACUGAUAUCGGAAUUUGGGAGUGCUAUUGAUGCUAAGGUUAUUGUAGCUGGUUUGUCAACAACUUGUAGUCAAAAGAUUCAUAAUCAGUUGGUUGGAGUGGAGAAAAUGCACAAGGACAGCAAGUAUGUAUUGUUCUUGGAUGAUGAUGUUAGGCUUCAUCCUGGAACUAUUGGAAGCCUAACUUAUGAAAUGGAAAAGAAUCCUGAGAUAUUUAUUCAAACCGGAUACCCUCUUGAUUUACCAUCUGGAAGUUUAGGAAGUUACUGCAUCUAUGAAUACCAUAUGCCUUGUUCAAUGGGAUUUGCCACAGGUGGAAAAACAUUCUUUCUUUGGGGAGGAUGCAUGAUGAUGCAUGCUGUGGACUUUAGGAAAGACAAUUAUGGCGUAGUCUCCAGUCUUCGAUACGGUGGAUAUUCUGAUGACAUGACUCUUUCGGCCGUAGCUGGGGCUCACAAGAAGCUAGUUUCUUCUCCCCCAGUUGCUGUCUUUCCUCAUCCCCUUGCAACUGAUCUUAAUUUUGCAAGGUAUUGGAACUAUUUGAGAAAACAAACAUUUGUUUUGGAGUCAUACACGUUCAAAGUGAAUCAGAUAAUGAACCGUGCAUUAUUUGUUGUGCACUGCUAUUUGUCAUGGGGAUUUGUAGCACCAUUUUUUAUGGCAGUGGUUCAUGUUGUGGCAGCACUUAGACUUUACAUGAAUGGCCAAUCAAUUGAAGAAAAUACCUAUGUUUAUGGGGGAGUAAGAUUGGUGGGCUUGCUGGCAGGAUGCACUCUUCUUGCCCUUUUUUCAAUGUGGAACUUGACAAGGAUAGAAGUUAGACUUUGCAAUAUAUUGUCCCCAGAAGCACCCCCACUUCAUCUAGGUUCCUAUAACUGGUGUCUUGUGUUCCUAGCAAUGUUGGUAGGUAACUUCCUAUACACUAUUUGCGCCAUUCGCUCUCACUUCUCUCAAUCUAUCAAUUGGUCUGGCAUCAGAUACUAUUUGAAAGAUGGUAAAGUCAGCAGGAUUGAGAGAACUCAAGGAACACAGGAUAUGCACCCAGUUUUCACAGACUUGGCAAGAAAAUACUUGUAUGGCAAGAAAGAGUUGGCUUAUAAAGGCUCACAUGCCAAUAAUCAUAAUAAGGGAAAGAAGAGGCGCCAAACAAAGAAAUAUCACUAACUAUUUAUAUAUAUAGAACUAUGCUUCAUGCAGCAUGCAAGUCACUGUCUAGGUAGCUAUACUAAUACUAUAGUGUGUCUCUGCCCCAGUUUUUUGAGGCAUGAUGGGGCAGAUUGAUCUUGAAAACAAGAGAUUUUUGGUAGAUCAAUAUUGUUAUUAUUUAUUUUAGUUAUUCAUCAUUGUUUAGAAUCCUUGUUACGAA